AUGGUGAAAGUUACAAAGUUUCUGGCUAUUCGUCCACUAUUCGUCUUCGUCGUCCUGGUUGUUUUCGGGUGCAUACCGAUCGUGAUUUGGUGGUGCACAGCAACGAAGGAUGACACCAGAAACGACUCUGCUUUACUCACUGAGGAUCUCCGGUCAAGUCUAGUUUCCGAAAUCGAAAACAUUGGAAAACUCAUCUAUCCAAAGACAAAUUCAUCUACAAUCAGUUUAGCCAGAGUUGUAGAUUCUUAUCUCACCAAUAACAAUACCAAUUUCACAGAGAUUCAAUCACAGAUCGCACCAGUGUUGUUUCAAGCUUAUUCAACGAUCCCUCGAGUCUCACAAGUUUCGUACAUUAGUAGUACGGACGGUCUCUUGUUUUCUUACUUGACGAAAUUAAACACUAGUCUCGCAGUUUUUGCCAAUUCAAGUGGCGUUUGGUACACUCAAACCGUUGAUCAGAAAACCGGUCGUCUCAGCGGUAAUGCAACGAGAUCUCAGCCGUUAGAUGUAACCCAUACUGAUUGGUUCCAAGCAGCACAGAGAAACCACACUAGCACCUCCUUUGUGGGAACUGGUUUGGGAGGAGAAGAUAACCAGACUCUGUUUCAGAGCGUGGUUAGCUUGAGCAGCAAGAAAGGAGUUGUUCUGUUAGGAUUUCCGGUUAAGUCUCUAACCGGUGUCUUGAACCGAUUGAAUCUUUAUGGCGGAGAGCUUUACAUGUGGACUAAGGACGGGACGGUGCUUGUUCGUCAAGGUUCACUAAAUGCUUCUUUCUUCAUCUCCAAUGGCUCUUCCCGUGGCUACGGGUUGGAGAUCGAAAGCUCCAAGUUCCAAGCUUUUUGCUCUGUUCUUGAAAUUUCCGGCAUGCCUCUGAGAUACACACUCAUGUUUCCAAAAAAAGGAGGAGGAACAAGCAUCAGUAAUGCGACGAUAUAUCUGCUGAUUGUGACGACGUUUUAUGCAUUGUGCUGGCCUCCAGGGUUUGUGGUGUUUAUGGUGAGAGCAGCGAGAAGAGAGAUGCAUAUGCUUUCGAGGCUGAAAAACCAAAUGGAAGCAACACAACAGGCCGAGAGGAAGAGCAUGAACAAGACUCAAGCGUUUGCAAGUGCUAGCCACGACAUUAGAGGAUCCCUUGCUGGGAUCACCGGUCUGAUUGAUCUCUGCCGCCAAGAAGUUAGACCUGGCUCCGACCUAGACACCAAUCUUAAGCAAGUGAAUGUAUGCACCGAGGAUCUUCUUGCUCUGCUUAACUCAGUGUUGGACAUGAGCAAAAUCGAAAGCGGGAAGAUGCAUCUAGAGGAAGAAGAGUUCAACCUGGCCAAGCUUCUUGAAGACGUGGUCGAUUUUUUCCAUCCUGCCGCGAUGAAGAAAGACGUUGAUGUGGUUUUGGAUCUGCACGAUGGCUCCCUUUUCAAAUACUCGAGUGUGAGAGGAGACAGUGGCAAACUAAAGCAGAUUCUGAACAAUCUUGUCAGCAACGCUGUCAAGUUCACAGCCGAGGGCCACGUUUCGAUCCGAGCUUGGGCUCAGAGGCCCGGUUCCAAGAGCUCUGCAGUGGUCUUGGCAUCGGAGCCUAAAGGCACGUUUUCAAAGUGUAUGUGGUGUAGGAACAACGAAGACAACCAGUCAUCAACCUAUGAGGUGGAGAUCUCGAAUUCCAUAAGAAACAAUGCCAACACGAUGGAGUUUGUGUUUGAAGUGGACGAUACAGGCAAAGGGAUACCUGCGGAGAUGCGUGAAUCGGUGUUUGAAAACUAUGUUCAGGUAAGAGAAACAGCUCAAGGACAACAAGGAUCUGGACUUGGACUCGGGAUUGUGCAGUCUCUCGUACGAUUAAUGGGAGGAGAGAUAAGAAUCACUGACAAGGCGAUGGGAGAGAAGGGAACCUGUUUCCAAUUCAAUGUUUUACUGACAACCUCAGAGUCUCCGGUGAGUGACAUGAAAGUGAGACCGGACAUGGAAGCAGGAGGAGAUUACAUAUCAACGCCCAACCUCGGCCUCACUGUAAACACUUCUUUGGGAGGUAGCAUGAACAUACGCAACCUGAGCCCUAGGUUCAACAACUGUCUCAGCUCGAGUCCCAAGCAGGAAGCUUCUCGAGUGGUUCUCCUCCUGAAAGAUGAAGAACGCAGAAGAGUUACAGAGAAAAACAUAAAGCUUCUGGGAAUCAAAGUCACAGUGGUGGAAAAAUGGGAGCAACUGAGUCCUGCCUUGGAGAGACUUUUUAGGUUUUCACCUCAGAGCUCCGUGGGACGAGCAGAGUCUAGCUUGAGAAACGAACUAUCAAGUCCGAGCUCGAGGGAGUUGCCUUUGAUUGGCAUGGACGGUAUUGAUUCCAGAAGCCAAGUUCCUAAAAGGAGAAGCAACAGUUUCUCUGCACUUGUCCUCCUCGUGAUUGAUGCAAAAGCCGGGCCAUUUUCCGAGCUGUACGACAUUGUCGAACAGUUUCGUAGAGGUUUGCACCAUGGCAUCUCCUGUAAAGUUGUUUGGCUCAACGAACCGAGCGGCCGCGCAAGUGAGAGAGGGGACAUCACUUGUUUGAAACCCUUGCACGGAUCUCAUCUUAACCGAGUGCUGAAGAUGUUGCCUGAAUUCGGAGGAAUCGAUCCGAAAGGAGCACCUACUACUGAGCUGCAAAGGGAAUCGCUACUGAGGCAUUCUCUAAAUGUUGCAGAGACAUCACCUUGUGAAAUCCAAGAAGAGGGACCGGGUUCAAGGUACAACAAAAAGCUAGGCAAGACAAUAUUAAUGGCACCAAUACCUUCAGAGAAGAAGGAGACUUGGGUCAAGUCAGUGCGUACUGGUCGAAAGCCCCGAGAGGACGAGCAAGGAACUUCCAGAGCGAGCGACGAUGAAUUAUUAAGAGGGAAGAGAGUUCUGGUGGUUGAUGAUAAUCGUAUAACAUCUUCAGUUGCAACAAGAAAGCUGAAGAAGAUGGGAGUGUCUGCGGCCAAGCAAUGCCACAGUGGAAAAGAAGCUGUGAGUCUAGUCAGUGAAUGGCUUACGCAAAGAGAGCAACAAGGAGAUAUGCUUCCGUUUGACUACAUAUUCAUGGACUGCCAGAUGCCAGAAAUGGAUGGAUAUGAAGCAACUAGAGAGAUUAGGAAAGUGGAGAGAAAAUAUGGUGUGCAUAUACCAAUAAUAGCUGUAUCUGGUCAUGAUCCUGGUUCCAGGGAAGCAAGAGAAACCAUACAAGCUGGAAUGGACGCCUUCUUAGAGAAAAACCUGAAUCAGGGCCAACUUGUGAACAUCAUUAGAGAAAUCGAAAGCAAGAGGACGGUAGAUGCAACUCCAAAGUAG